ACUGCUCCCGUUGACGUCCAGGUUGGCUGCGUCACCACGGACUUUGCCAUGCAGAACGUGCUGCUGCAGAUGGGCCUCCACGUGCUGGCGGUGAACGGCAUGCUGAUCCGGCAGGCCAGGAGCUACACCCUCCGCUGCCACGGCUGCUUCAGGACCACUUCGGACAUGACCAAGGUUUUCUGUCCCCACUGCGGUAACAAGACGCUGAAGAAGGUCGCGGUGAGCGUUAGUGAUGACGGGAGCCUCCACAUGCAUUUCUCCCGCAACCCCAAGGUGCUGAACCCCCGAGGGCUCAGGUACCCCCUCCCGGCCCCGAAAGGAGGGAAGCACGCCAACAACCCUCACCUGGUGGAAGACCAGCCCUUCCCGCAGCAGCGACUGUCCCGCAAGGCCAGGCAGAAGACCAACGUCUUCGACCCCGACUACGUCGCCGGGAUCUCGCCCUUUGCGGAACACGACGUCUACAGCCGGGCAGCCAACCUGCAGAUCCGGGACGCGGCCCUGGGCGCUGGCAGAAGGCGCCUGAACCCCAACGCCGCGACAAAGAAGUUUGUGAAGAGGAGGUGA